ACAUUGGGGAAACGUUUAUUUCAGAGCGCCAUUGUGUUGGCGUUCCUUGGCGGCCAUCUUGUAUUGGGCAGAUGCAGCACGGAAGAGAUUCAUCAGUCUACGAGCAUGUGCUUACGUGAAAGUUUGGUUCAGGAAGCCACCGAUCCAUUGGUUCCCGUGUUCAAUGAUUCAGCGUCUGUUGUAAACUUUUGUUUACGACAUAUUUCGGACAUCAAAAGUUGCAUCACCAAUGUAAUUUCCCCUUGUACAUCAGAUAAAAGGGUAAAGGUUAUAUUUGGUGCCACUGGUGCCGCGCUUCUUGCAGCUUACGACGGAUUAUGCCAGGAACCAAACAAAAAUAUAGACAUGACCUGUGCCUAUGAACACGCCGAGAACAUCUCCGUUGCCGUAUAUGAUCUUAUACAUUCAGUGGACACCAUGGAUCAACAUUCGGCGUCAUUUUCCGAUCUCUGCGAACCAGUUCACGCUUUACUUCAUAGUAUAAUGGCAAUCUACGAAGCGUCUGUGGAGCAAGGUCAUUGUUCUGAGGAAAGUAAGAACGUCAUGCAUCAGUAUCUAGCCACCAUAGUGUUCCCGUGCACUGACGUUGCCACGACAUAUUACCCGUGCACGUUGGCACAGAUUAACGUAGCCUCUAUUGAAUGUUACGCUAAAAAUGGCGUAAUUGUGAACAAUGCACUGGUACCCACGCCAAGCACACUGUCUAAUGCUGAUGAAAUGUGCGGUUCUAAAAGCACGAUUCAGUCCUGCAUAAAGAGCCACAUCACGAGAUGUCUGUACGAACCUCAAGUCACCACGUUGUACGGGUCAGCUGUAGAAGGAUUCGAGGCCGGCUAUAAUUGCAUGUGUUCUCCUGACAACUUUGACAUGAUUCUGAGUUGCGCAGCCACAGCGGAUGUGACGACAGCAAUGUCAAAAUUUACAUCCAGCGUUCACAAUCAUAGUAUCGCAGGGACGCUUGAUAAACAGACUCAGUGCGCACUAGAAAACACUAUGGCGGCGGAGAUAAGCGCGUCAGUUGAGAUGAGCUGUGACGCCUCUGACAUGGUACGUCAUUGGAGAGCUUACAUAUCCACCGUGAUUUACCCGUGCACAGAGACCGCCACGGCAUGUUACCCAAAGAGAAUGUUCAACGGAGGCGAAACCCUAGAAUCAAUGAGGGCUCUACUCAUCUCUUUUGUUGGAUUUCUUUUCUGCUUACGUUAUUUAUAAUAUUUUUGAUAAAUUAUGGAAGCUGG